CAUUCUACAGUUGCCAUUCAGCUUCUCCCAGUGCAGCCACAAAGUAAACAGCUCAUGACUUCUGAUCAGGACACUAAGGUCGUGGCUGAACCGCAGGGCCAGCGAGUCCAGGAAGGGAAAGACAGCGCUCAUCUGAUGAAUGGUCCCAUAUCGCAAACCACUUCUCAGACAAGCUCCAUCCCAGCUUUGAGUCAGGUACCGACAGCCAAGGUUUCGGAGCUAAACCCUAAUGCUAAAGUGUGGGGGACUCCCGUGCUGCAUUUGGAAGCGGGUAGCUCAGCGGAUGGCGGUGUGAGUGCAGACUGGGAGGAGUCGUCGGGCCCUUGCACAGACUGCGGCCAGGAGGGAUUGGAUGCCAAUGGCGAUGAUGACAAAAGUCAUGAGAAUGUGGCACUAUCAGAUUUGCAGGAGUCAAACCAAACCGCUGGGAGCACUUUGGCUCUGGAUCGCUCAGAACAUGAAUCUUCACCUGAAAAUAGUGAGACUGGAGGUAAUGAGUCUCAGCCGGAAAGCCAGGAGGAUCCCCGAGAAGUACUUAAAAAGACAUUGGAAUUCUGCUUAUCUAGGGAGAACCUUGCUAGUGACAUGUACCUUAUAUCGCAGAUGGACAGUGAUCAGUAUGUGCCAAUCACCACGGUAGCUAACCUGGAGCACAUCAAGAAGCUCAGUACUGACAUGAACUUGAUCGUGGAAGUGCUGAGGUCUUUACCUUUAGUCCAAGUGGAUGAGAAGGGAGAAAAAGUAAGGCCAAAUCAGAGUCGUUGCAUUGUGAUCCUGCGUGAAAUACCUGAGUCCACUCCUGUAGAAGAAGUAGAAGCACUAUUUAAAGGAGACAAUUUACCGAAAUUUAUAAACUGUGAAUUUGCCUAUAAUGAUAAUUGGUUUAUUACAUUUGAAACCGAAGCUGAUGCACAGCAGGCUUACAAGUAUCUGCGAGAAGAAGUGAAAACUUUUCAAGGAAAACCAAUUAAGGCACGGAUAAAAGCAAAGGCAAUAGCUAUAAACACAUUUUUGCCAAAGAAUGGAUUUAGACCUCUGGACAUGAGCCUUUACGCGCAGCAGCGCUACACCGCCUCCUUUUACUUACCUCCUGUCUACAGCCCCCAGCAGCAGCUCCCCCUGUACAGCCUGAUCGCCCCCCACACGUGGUCGGCAGCACACAGCUAUCUCGACCCACCCCUGGUAACUCCGUUUCCAAAUACUGGAUUUAUAAAUGGGUUUACGUCUCCAACCUUCAAACCUGCAGCAUCUCCUCUGACUUCGCUCAGACAGUACCCUCCAAGAAGCAGGAAUCCUAGUAAAUCUCAUCUACGCCACACCAUUCCCAGUGCAGAGAGAGGAGCUGGGCUAUUAGAAAGCCCUUCAAUAUUUAACUUCACUGCAGACCGCCUAAUUAAUGGUGUUCGAAGCCCACAAACACGGCAGACAGGUCAGCCUAGAACACGGAUACAGAAUCCUCCAACCUACACCAAGAGGGAGGUUGGGUCUGGUCGAGUGGAGCAGAGCAGUGCGGAGUCGCCUCCUGGCUUAGGGAGAGGGAGGAAGAAUUCCUUUGGCUACCGGAAGAAACGGGAGGAGAAGCUGACAAGGAGUCAAACUCAGUCUCCAACGCCACCAAAGCCCCCAUCCCCGAGCUUCGAAUUAGGACUGUCCAACUUCCCUCCGUUGCCUGGGGCAGCAGGCCACCUGAAGACAGAGGACCUCUUUGAAAACAGGCUGUCCAGCUUGUUAAUAGGGUCCUCAAAAGAAAGGAGCCUAAAUACGGAUGCAAGCACGAACACGCUCCCCGCGGUGAGCCCCAGAGAGCCCUUGGUGCCGGCUUCCAGUGCUGUGUCCGCAGCCUAUGGGCGCGCUCCCUCCCCGGCCUGUCUGCCCGAGGAUCCCAAGGUGGUGGAGAAGCAGAGAGAAGCCUCGAGUGUGGACAGACUUCCUUCUGCCCUGACGACAACGGCAAGUAAAUCAGUGCAGGUGAACGGCGCUGCCACGGAAUUGCGAAAACCCAGCUAUGCGGAGAUUUGUCAGAGGACGAGUAGAGAGCCUCCGUCUUCCCCGUCGCAGCCCCCAAAAGAACAAAAGCCCAACGCCAUCAGUUGUGGGAAGGAAGAAAAGAAGCUCGCCGAGAGAGAGCCCCCUGCCCCCAAGUCCAACCCGGGGCCACCCAAAGACCAGAGGAGGCCACCGGGCCGCCGGCCCUCGCCCCCCGCUGCCGGGAAGCGUCCACACAGAGAACAGAGCACCCCCCCCAAGUCCCCUCAGUGAGCGCCGAGGUCUGGGAGGGCUGUGAGGAGCUGGGGUCGCCACAACUAAGCACUGUCCCACUCGGGGCCAAGGAUGAGCCGCUGGUUAGGGGCUUGCAGCGUAGACAAGGCCGGUGAGGUGCCUGCAAGUGGUUUUUCUUCCAUGAGUCGGAUUUUCCCCCUCUUGAAAAAAAUCUAUUUUUCAGGAUUUAAUUAAUAUAAACCUUAUUUUAGGUUGGUGCUUAACUGGAGGUGAUGCAUAAGUCUGAUUUUUUUCAGGAUAGAAAAUGCAUUUAUCCUAACAAAUUGAUAUUUUUAUUAAGCCUCCAUGUGGCUAUGAAUGCAAGCUAUAUAUAGUGAGUUUUUCUAAAUUAAGCGGAACUAUGCUACUUCAUUUUUUAAAAUAACUGGUUAGCAAGUGCAUUCCUUUGAGAUGUCCAGACCGAUGGGUGGGCUGAAGACCGCUGGGAUCGAGGUUGGAGGCGACACGGUCAGUGUGGCCCGGAGAAGAAAAAGGGGUCAGGUCAUGCCCUCGCUGGCUUGGGAGUUGUACUUCAUUCAGAAUCUUAGCAAGUGACGCUAGUGGUUUUGUUUUUGUUUUUGUUUUUUUAAAAAAACACAGCCCGUUAUUGACCUACUGGGCGAGAUGCACCCCAGAGAGCCCUGAAACCUUGAGUUUUGAUGUGCUGCAAGCAAGUAACCAGCCUCUCACUCCUGUCUCAAGUGGUUGUUGUGUAAGACAGAGUCAAAGCACAUUGUGAAUAGAACUUAAAUGAAAACAUAAACCUGGUUGCCCACUCACGUGUCCCCGCAAAAAUGUACCCUGAUGUUGUCUUGCUCCCGAGAGCUGGCGGGAGGGCGUGGGCACCCCCGUGGCCCCCGCGGCUCCCCCGCAUUAGCCGCUGCGUGGGCACCUUCCCGUGGCUCCGCGUCGGCCCGCAGUGGAAGCGUUGCUUAAGUUGUGAGGGAGUGGAGUCUCGGGGGGGCUCGGUGGUGAGGCUGACAGUCCCUCCCGGACGAGGGUCUCACUGAUCCCCUUCCGGAAGUGCUGCACUCUGAAGAACGCGCAUGCACUAACGCUAGCGGUUCAUAAUAAAGUUAAAUAUAAAUUAUUUUGUUUUAAAAUGCCUAAAUUUUUUCUUGAAGUAUUCUAAGCAGACAUUAAAACAUUUCCUGCUAAAUGUAACCAUACAGUUUAUUCCACAGAAGGUUAUUUAACAAGACUGAGGGUUCUUUUUAAAACAUUAUUUCCAUCCAAUAUUUAAAGACUUGAAUUUUAUUUAAACUUGAAAAUGACUUUGCCUUAACUUUUGUAUAAGACAGCUUAGAGUUGGUGGAGACUGGCCCCCGGGUUGGCACGAGGGGUACAGAGCUGCUCAGUCUGGUGGGGCUGCCGCCACGGGUGUCCCCGAGCGAGCAUUCUGUAGCACAGGUCUGCAGUACACCCCGAAGAUCUCCAACAGUUGACCUUCUUCAGAUUGUUGAGAAACCCUGUAAAUGCAAAUAGUCGAUACUGUAUUAAAUAUGUGCACUUGGGAGUGUGUGCUUUGCUUGUACAGUUGUAAAUAAUCAGAACAUAUUAAAAAGGUACCCUAAAGAGAAAAAUCUGAUAAAAAUUAUUGAUAUAUUAUAAAUGUUGCUAUUGAGCUGGAUGUAGAUAAACUAAAUGUUGUGGUUUGAAUAUUAUUUUAAUUUGUUGAGGUGUUUUUCUUUUUCUCUGAUGCUGGUGUGUUGGGCUGAUUCUGCCUCUUUGCUGCUGCAGAAGGGAAAUGGAAAGUCCUAGCAGAGCCUUCCGACGUUUUCAUGCUCUUCUCACAAGUCUGUAAAUAUGUACUAAUCAUAGCUAAUGUGAAAUCAUAAUGUAGGAAGCAGAAACUGGCAGGAGCUUCAGGAGAAAGCAAAAGAUAAUCUACUUAGAAUCCUAACUGCCAGAGGAGAGCCAGCCCUGGUGCGCUUGACCGUCUCCUUCAGAGAAGCCGCCAGGACUCACUAUCUAGGAGUACACAGUGCUAGUGUAAAAGGAACAGGAGGAUUUCUUUUUUUGUAGGUGAGGGAUUGCUGACUUAAAAAAUCAGGAAUUAGUUGACCUCUGACGCCCCAUCUCAUGAGUACUGUAAGAAAAGCUGGAAAGGCAAGCCCCAGGAAGUGCUCACUGUGGCGAUCUUUGCUGGAGGAGGGAGCGGAUGUGGUCAGCCUUGGUCACCCGCCCCCCCGCCCCACCCAGGGGCCGCAAACCCUGUGUGGAGCUGACACACUGGUUUUCAGCAAUGACAGAUCCUUGCCCUGGCGGCAGGCUGUGUGCUAGAGCCAGCCGUAGCCGUCCACGGCCGGCAGGACGAAGGGGGUCACUCGUGACAGCAACGGGGCACAGCCAGGCACGGGGGCAGCUGGUGCGUGGGAGGGGCGUGGCCUGGCGGUCCUGUACCCUCCGUGCCCGCUCGCCGCACUGCGGCCCCUGUCCUUGCAGCCCACGUCGGUUGCACCCAGAGUUGCAACCUCGCUCUGGUGGGAUUUUUAUAGCAUCCUUUUUAAUUAAGCAACAGUGAUACACCAAACAGCUAUAUAACGUCCCAAACCCCAGCUUUCUGAGAUCACUGUGAGAUUUUCCCCUCACAGAAGAGAAGGGAGCCUGGGACGUGGCACAGAGACGGCUCUGGCACGAGCAGCCACAGCUGGUUGGGGGCUUUUGUCCAGUUUUAGAAACCGAAGUCUUUCCUUCCCCCAGCAGUAGUUCAGGAUGUAGAAUCAGAGAUACAGCAAUCACAAAUGACAUUUUAACUUGUAAAAUUAUGUGAGGAUACUUAUAAUUUGGAAAUAGCGAGAUGAGAAUCUGGCCCCGUUUCACCAGACAUGAAUUUCCAGUAGAGUAGUUGCUUUUUAGGAGUUGGUGUCCUGAUGUUCCUGGCCCGGCCCGCCUGUCCUCGCAUCACUGAUUGUCACUGGUGGGUGGCAGAAGGCGCUUCCGGCGGCUCUGUUAGCCAGGAUCACGCAGUUUACAUUUCAAAGCCAGUUCAGUUUGUUACAGGGGCAGCGGGUGAGGAAGGUGCGUGUCUGUGCCCGCCACCAGCGAGCUGCAUUUGGGGGCUCGUGCGCUUCGUGGCCUGUCACCCCCAGGCGCCCCAGACAAUCCAAGUCAGAAGCAGAGCCAGCAGCCGCCAGUCUGCCGAGCGGGACGUGCUACGGAAGCUUUCUUGAGGGCCUUUGUUUUUGUUCUACUUCUUUUCAUUAAGACUGGAAUCAAGCUUACGUGUAAACUAUUGAUAAUUUAAGUUUCCUUUUGUGUCAUUCAGUGUAAAACUGUCUAAUUUGAAAAAAAAUGUAGGUUAUGAAAAAUAAAGAUUUAGGCACUGUUGCAA